GACCCGACGGCCCGCUUGACGGUGAACCUGACGAGGCUGAAGGCAGCGCCCAUCUUCGACUUGCCGCUUGGUUGGGCCGCGCGGAUCGCACCCGAGCUGCACGCCCAGACCUUCUGCAAGCACGGGGGCAUGGGGCGGGCUUUUGAGGGCGCGAACUCGCUGGCGGACUGGAAGCAGCCGCGGGGGGCAGCGGCGAGCAAGUGGAAAUCGUGGAAACCGAAGGUGCGCCGGGGCUUGGCCAACGAGUUGGGCCAGCGCUCGAUCAUGGAUGGCGAAGAGCCCUCAGAGAAGGAUCUCACCCAGAGGCUUCGGCAGAAGGCGCCGCACCAGAA